ACGGUUCGCGGCGGUCCUGCGGUGUCGCCCGCUGGAUCGUUCGGGAGGAAGAUGACGGUCGAUGACCUGAUCGCGCGCCAGAUGCGCGUGAGUCGUCAGGAGAAGUCUCACUGCGACUCGGUCUCGUUCGACCGCGACUGCGCGAACGCGUUUCAGCACUACGUCAACGAGUCGCUUGCGUUCGCGGUUAAGCGAGGUGGAUUCAUGUACGGCACGGUCUCGGAGGAAGGACAGGUUGAGGUGGAUUUCAUAUACGAGCCGCCGCAGCAGGGAACCGAAGAGAAUCUGCUUCUCAUGAGAGACGGGGAGGAAGAGAAACGCGUGGACGCAAUUGCCAUGGGACUGGGGAUGAGGAGGGUGGGGUUUAUAUUCACUCAGACAGUGAUGCAGGACAAGACAGACUACACAAUGUCGAACAAGGAGGUGUUACAGGCGGUGGAGCUUCACGCUGAGAGCGAGUUGAAGGAGUGGGUCACUGCGGUGGUGAAGCUCGAGGUCAAUGAAGACGGCGGCGCCGACGUCCACUUCGAGGCGUUUCAGAUGAGUGAUAUGUGCGUAAGGUUAUUCAAGGAAGGGUGGUUCGAGACGGAGAUUGGUCCGGACGAUGAUCCGAAGAUUUCCAAGAUGAAGAAGGAGGUGGUUGUCGGUGUGAAGGAUGUUAAGGAGGUUGACAACGACUUCUUCCUCGUCGUCGUCAAGAUCUUGGAUCAUCAGGUUGGUUUUUUUGUGCCCUGGAAGAGCUUAUGCAUUAUAACGGGGGUCUUCUGACAGUUCUUUAGGUAGUGGGUUUGAGGAAUGGUUUUAGUUUAGAAGCUUUGCAUCAGUGAUGGAUAAAAUGGCACGCCUCUCUCAGACCAUCGUGUCAUUUACUUGUAAUAUGUUACAAAUCUGCAGCUAUGUUAGGAUAUUGC